GGCCGCCACGGAGCUGGGGGCGGGGCCUGCGACACUAUGGCCGAGGGCGGCGGGGACGUAGUGGCAGUAUCCGCGUCCGGGGCUGCCAACGGCCUCAGCAAUGGGGGAGGCGGGGUCCCGGCGCAGACCAGCAACCCGCUGUCGCGAAAGCUGAAUAAGAUCCUGGAGACGCGGCUGGACAACGACAAGGAGAUGUUGGAAGCUCUCAAGGCACUUUCAGCCUUUUUUGUUGAAAACAGUUUGCGGACUCGAAGAAAUUUACGUGGAGAUAUUGAACGCAGAAGUUUAGCCAUCAAUGAAGAAUUUGUCAGCAUUUUCAAGGAGGUGAAGGAAGAACUUGAAAGCAUAAAUGAAGAUGUUCAAGCAAUGAGCAAUUGUUGUCAAGAUAUGACAAGUCGCCUACAGGCAGCAAAGGAACAGACCCAAGAUUUAAUAGUAAAAACCACUAAGCUUCAAGCUGAAAGUCAAAGAUUAGAAAUAAGAGCACAAGUCGCAGAUGCCUUCUUAUCCAAGUUCCAGCUGACUUCUGAUGAAAUGGGUCUCCUCCGAGGCACUAGAGAAGGACCUAUUACUGAGGAUUUUUUCAAGGCAUUGGGAAGAGUAAAACGGAUUCAUAACGAUGUCAGAGUUCUCUUGCGUACAAACCAACAAACAGCGGGUUUAGAAAUUAUGGAACAGAUGGCCUUGCUUCAAGAAACAGCUUAUGAAAGGCUUUAUCGGUGGGCUCAAAGUGAAUGCAGAACAUUGACACAAGAAUCAUGUGACAUAUCUCCAGUAUUAACUCAGGCUGUGGAAGCCCUGCAGGAUAGACCUGUCUUAUAUAAGUAUACCUUAGAUGAGUUUGGGACAGCCAGAAGAAGCACCGUUGUUCGUGGAUUUAUUGAUGCUCUUACGAGAGGGGGCCCAGGAGGCACACCAAGACCCAUUGAAAUGCACUCCCAUGACCCUUUGAGAUACGUAGGAGAUAUGUUGGCUUGGCUCCAUCAAGCUACUGCUUCUGAAAAAGAACACCUUGAAGCUCUCUUAAAGCAUGUAACUAUACAAGGUGUUGAAGAAAAUAUCCAGGAAGUUGUUGGGCACAUUACUGAGGGUGUGUGCAGGCCUCUAAAGGUUCGAAUUGAACAAGUAAUAGUUGCUGAACCUGGGGCAGUUUUGUUAUAUAAAAUUUCUAACCUCCUCAAAUUUUACCAUCAUACAAUCAGUGGCAUUGUUGGAAAUAGUGCAACUACAUUAUUGACUACCAUUGAAGAAAUGCAUUUGCUAAGCAAAAAAAUAUUCUUCAAUUGCUUGAGUCUUCAUGCAAGUAAAUUAAUGGACAAGGUUGAACUCCCACCACCUGAUCUUGGACCAAGUUCUGCAUUAAAUCAGACACUCAUGUUGUUGCGUGAAGUUUUGGCAUCUCACGAUUCUUCAGUUGUACCAUUAGAUGCCCGUCAAGCUGACUUUGUGCAAGUUUUAUCAUGUGUCUUGGAUCCUCUCCUCCAAAUGUGUACUGUAUCUGCCAGCAAUUUAGGCACAGCUGACAUGGCCACUUUCAUGGUCAAUUCACUAUAUAUGAUGAAGACAACACUAGCUCUGUUUGAGUUCACUGACAGACGUCUAGAAAUGCUACAAUUUCAGAUUGAGGCGCAUUUGGACACACUUAUAAAUGAGCAAGCUUCUUAUGUUUUAACUAGAGCAGGCUUGAGUUCUAUCUAUAACACCCUACAGCAACAUAAGCCUGAACAGGGCUCUUUAGCUAAUUUGCCCAACCUAGAUUCUGUGGCACUGAAGGCUGCAAUGGUUCAGUUUGAUCGUUACCUCUCAGCCCCAGACAGCUUGCUGAUGCCACAGCUGAACUUUCUUCUAAGUACCACAGUGAAAGAGCAGAUCAUAAAACAGUCUACAGAAUUAGUCUGCAGAGCCUACGGUGAAGUAUAUGCAGCUGUGAUGAAUCCAGUCAAUGAAUACAGAGAUCCAGAAAGCAUCCUACACCGAUCGCCACAGCAAGUGCAGACGCUUCUCUCCUGAUAAUCUUAUUUGAAUGUUUUAGCAAAAUAUUGCAUCCCUAAAACUCUAAAAGUUUUCUUGUUCUUUAGUCUGUUAAUCUUCACUUUGAAAUUUGAUGGUUACAAUUUUCUUUGUAUCAUAACAUUGUAGGUCCCAACGGUUUCUUUUCUUUGAUCACAGAUACAUGGAAGUAAGUAAUAUAAUCUCGACCUGAGUUAGUGCUGCUCUGUAUCUGCUCCUUAUGUAGAGAUGUGUUCUCUGCAAGCCACCUCCCCAGCUCUGCAGUUUUCUGGAGUAUAAAUGUAUGGGGAAAAGUCAUAUGAAAGGUUUGAGGGAUUUUUCUUUACAACAUUAGUUCCAAAUAAUCAUACAUAAUAAAUUUGUCUAAACUUAAGAAUUAGUAUACAAAGAUGGGACAUAACAUCUCCUUACCUAAAGAUUAAGUUGCUCUCUUAUUAGUUAUUCAUGUGAGUUGACCUAUUUAAACUGAGGAGCAGAAAUAUACACUUAGCAAAAAGUGGGAAAAGAGAGAGAGUGGAGUAGUUUUAAAGAGGGUGGAUGUCACUCUCUGUAUAUGCUGGACUGAAUUAAAGGUGAAGUGCACACUUCAAAAGGAUUUUAGGUAUGUAGGCACCCUGUGCUGCAUGUAAAUGUAGUGUUUAAUGAUAGGUAUCUGUUACAUAGUAUGAACUGUAAACCCAGCCAACUACGGAUUUUAUCUCGUGUUCAAACCAAAGAAAAAUGAUCUACUCUCACACCAGAGGAAAAAUACUGAGUAGCAAUUGCUCGCUGACAGUGUAUCUGUUCCCCCUGGUGGCCCCUCACAAAGAAUGAUUUUGGGCUCUGACUUUAGAACUUUACCUAUGAGUAAGACUCAGAUCAUUGUUUUUCAAAAAAAUAGAUCUCAAGUGUUUGAUGUGACUUUACUUUGUUGGUAAGAUUUCAAGUAUGAUUCUUACUAGCAAAAUAUCUUAAUUUCUUGGUAAAACUAUAAAAAGAGGUGAGUCCUUAAAUUAUAAAUGAGAAAACUGAGGCAUAAGUAGAAAAUGGACAAGGCUAAAAUAUUUGCAAAAUAGUAAGAUAAAACUAAUAUUUAUAUAACAUAUAAUGUAUAACACAUUAUUAUUUACAGAACAUGGCCUAUUCAUGUAUCUGAAAUUGUAAUUGUUUAUAUUAAUAUGAGUCUUUUGGAGUAAGAGCAGUUAUUUAUCACCUCUUUUGGUGUAAAUCUAUGCUUUUAGUCUUUUUCCUUCAAUGAGUAUGUACGAUAUAUAAAAGAUAGAAAAUAAAGUAUGAUAUAAAUUGAGAGCUUAAAUUUUAUAUAAUUUAUUUCUACAAUGAAAAAAAGAUUGCUACCUUAACGUUAAUUAAUCCCUUUGUUUUCUAGGAAAAAAGUGUAUUUGGCUUUUUAUACAGUUUCCUCAAAAUAUUAAAACUAUUUCUAGAACAAUGAUAAUUGAAGUAUAUUUUUAUACAUCUCAUGAAUGUGUUUUUAAGAAAAUCUACUAAUAGAAAAGGAAGUACAGUAUAGGGCCAAAUUGAGAUGGUGGAAGAUUGAUGAGCAGAAUGUGUUAUCAAUAUUAUCUUGAGUACUAAGUCAAAAUAAAAGAUUAUAAGUGCGAAUUCAUGGACACAACACUUAUAUUUGCUAUAUACUUCCUGGUUUGCAUUUUGAGCUGUUUUGAUGUGGCAUAAGUAUAACCCUGGAGAAUACAUGUUAGCCUUUUCUCAGAGAAAGGUAUUUGCCUCGCAAGAACCUCUGGUUGAAUUCUUCUGUUUCUUUCACCUGUACUUGAGCAGAUGAAUGUUACCUGAGAAAAAUCACAUAAAUGGACUGAAUGACUUUUUAAAUUCAUGAUCACAGUCUUCAGGUGGCAUCGUAUUGCUUUGUAGUUCUACUCUGUCUCUCAGCUAACCUCACCUCUCCACUUUUCCGCCCUCACUUUUAAUGGCCCUCAUAAUUUAUAGAGGAAAUAGCUGUUAGAUGAAUCACCCUCAUUUUCCCACCUUCAAGUACUGCACCCAUCUUCUCCAUCUUUCCUGCAGAAAUUGCAAAAAUGAUGUUUUUAUGGUUAUAAACUUAUAAAAAUUAUAAUUUAAAGUCAUAAUUUUACAAAAAUUUUAAGUAUCUUUUCUGGAGUUGAAAAUUAUAAUAACUGAAAUUUAAAAAUUCACUGUAGGAGUUGAACAGAUUUGAAUAGUUAGCAAAAAGAAUCUGCAAAUUUGAAGUUAGGCCAGUGGAGAUUAUCCAAUCUGAGGAACAGAAAGAAAAAAGGAUGAAAGUCAACAGGGCCUCAGAGACCUGUGGGAUAUUAUCAGUAUUCACACAGUGGGUGUUUAAGAAGGAAAAGAGAUGGGAAAGGGGGCCAAAAGAGUAUUUGAAGGAAUAUUUGUAGGAAACUUUACAAGUUUGUUGAAAAGUUUAAUAUACACAUUUAAGAAGUUAACCAAGCCCACACAGAGAUACACACCAAGACACAUCACAAUCAAAUUAUCAAAAGCCAAAGACUAAGAGGGGAACUUGAAAGCAGCGAGAAAGAUAACUCACCAUAUACAUGUGAUUUACAGUAAGAUUAUCAUGAUUCUCCUCAGAAACCAUAGAGGCCAGAAAGCAUUAGAUGAUAUAUUCAAGUGCUGGAAGAACAAAACUGUUAACUUAGAAUUCUAUAGCCAGCAAAACUGCCUGUGAAAAUACAGACAAAAUUAAGACAGCUCAGGAUAAACAAAAACUAUCACACCUGCCUUAAAGGAAUGUUAAAGGUAGUUCUUGUGGCUGAGGGGCGCCUGGGUGGCUCAGUCAUUAAGCGUCUGCCUUCGGCUCAGGUCAUGAUCCCGGGGCCCUGGGAUGGAGCCCCGCGUCGGGCUCCCUGCUCCACGGGAAGCCUGCUUCUCCCUCUGCCUCUGCUGCUCCCCCUGCUUAUGCACUGCCCCCCCAUAAAUAAAUAAAACUUUAAAAAAAAUAAAAGGUAGCCCUUGUGGCUGAAGUGAAAGAAUACUAUACAGUCACUUGAAUCAACAAAGAAAUAAAGAAUAGCAAGGAAAUAGAGGCCUCAGGCAGCACCGUAAGCCAGCUAGACGCAACACCAUCCCAACAGCCGAGUACGCAUUCCUCUAAAGUCUACGUGCUGCACUCUCCAAGGCAGACCAUAUGUUAGGCCACAAUUCAAGUCUCAGUAAAUUUUAAAAAGACUGAAAUCAUACAAAGUAUCUUUUCCAACUACAAUGGCACAAAAUUAGAAACCAAUAACAAAACGAAAAUAGGGAAAUUAAACAAUAUACCCUUAAAUAACCAAAAGGAUUUUAGGUAUGUAGACACGCUGUGCUGCAUGUAAAUGUAGUGUUUAACGAUAGGUAUCUGUUACAUAGUCUGAACUCGAAAUCCAACCAACUACGGAUUUUAUCUGGUGUUCAAACCAAAGAAGAAUGAUCUACUCUCACACCAGAGGAAAAAUACUGAGUAGCAAUUGCUCGCUGACAGUGUAUCUGUCCCCCCGGUGGCUUUAUUUCAAGGGAAAUAAAGGAAAUUAGAGAAAACUUUGAGGUGAAUGAAAGUUUGAUAUAAAACAGCAUACCAAUACUUACGGUAUGCAACAAAAACAGUGCUCAGAAGAAAAUAGAUAGCCUGCAUUAAAGAAGAAAUAAGUUAUCCUAACCUUACACCUUAAAAAAACUAGAAAUAAAGCAAACUAAACUGAAAGCAAGAAGAAGGAAAUAAUAAAGAUUAUGGCAGACACAGAGAAAAUAUGGAAUAGAAAAAUAGUGUUUCAGUGAAUGGGUAUGCUAGCCAUUCUGUAAUGCAUGUAGAGAUGUGUUUGAAUACACAUGUAAAAAAGUUUGAAAAAUUGUUUCUUGUAUGGCAUGUUGAGAAGAGUUAUUUCUGAGAGUGUAUGUGCUGUUCAUAAUGUAAUGCAUGCAGACAAGGAUUUAAAGAAACAUGUAAGAUGUUUCUAGGAGUGUUCCUUGCUCGUCAUGUUGAGAAAAAUGUUAUUUCAGUUAUUGGAUGUGCUGACCAGUGCUACAUGUAAAGAAGUUGUUAUUUAUAAAUAUAUAUGUAAAAAAUAAAAAUAAAGAAUAGAA